AUUAAUAUAAUGCUGCGGGGGCGUUUGUAGUUCCAGGAGCUCUUCCACUUCCACUUCCACAUUGAUCAUCACCUUGCGUGUUGCAGAGAAGGCAAAAUGGCCUGUCUUGAAGCAGCGUUUAUGCUCUUAUUAGUCAUUCAGUGGGGAAAUUUGUUCUAUGUCCAAGGAAGUCAAAUUUCAAAUGAGAUUGCUGUGUUCAACAGUUUGAAUGAGUCAGUCAGCAUUGCCAUAAAAGCACAAGGAGAGGAGAAGAUUUUCUUUGACAAUGUUGAGUCACAAAGGCUGUCAGGUUUUAAAUCAGUCACAGGUUUCAAAUCCUGGAAUGUUACUUUGAAAACAGGAAAAAAUAGUGGUAAAGUUUUAAAGGCUGGUCAUGUUUUCAAGCCUUUGAGAAAAACAAUUCUUGCUGUUCAUGACGAAGCUGGAAGAAAUACAGUUCUUUUUGUUGAUGCUGGUGCUAUGAAUAAGCUGCUUGGAAGCAAAGCGUCUGAGCAAAAAGUAGGAAUUGAUGAAGCAUGGGUACAUGUGCAAUCAUUAAACGCUGGAAAACUGUUUGUCAACUGGAAAUCAGAGAACUGCUAUAAAUGCACCGAUCAACUAUUGACUGUUGUACCUAACGACACAAUUAAGGACAUAGUCAUUGGAACAAAAUGGCCCGUUAUUCUCGAUAUAAAAAGCAACAAAUCGGGAAAUUGCAGAUUUCAGAUGCAUUUUGAUGAACAUGGAGAAUACAAGAUUGUUAUUUCAAUUGUUUCUUCGAAGCUGAAAUGUCUACCAAUCCAGACCGUGACGGAUCCUAAUUUUACUUAUGGGCCAAUCAUGGUGAUGGUUGGAAUUUGUUCAGGUCUACUUGGGCUCUACAUUUUGUGGGUUUACAUAAUCAGGCGAAAGCGCAACACCAAUGUCCAAUUAGACAUUGUGAAUCUAAGUCAACCAAGGAAUUUCAUUACAUCAAGCCUAGAUCCACCAAAUAAUACUGCACCGAAAACUGGUCCCGAAACUUCAUCAUCAACUGAGCCCACUGUGAGGCCAAAGAAGAGACUCAAGUCACUUGACGCUUUCAGAGGGCUGGCAAUAACUGUGAUGAUUUUUGUCAAUUACCAAGGAGGAGAUUAUUAUUUCUUCGAGCAUUCGCUUUGGAAUGGUUUGACUGUUGCAGAUCUUGUGUUUCCAUGGUUUAUUUUCAUAAUGGGAACCUCGAUAGACCUGUCCCAGCGAUCUUUACUUUCAAAAGGCGUUCGCAAGCGGACGAUAUUUCAGAAGAUCCUCAUUCGCUCAGUCAAGCUUUUUGCUAUAGGCCUCUUUCUCAACAAUGGUAAGAAUCUAGACAAAUGGAGAAUUCCGGGGGUGCUGCAGCGAUUUGGGAUUUCUUACUUUGCUGUUGCAACAAUGAAUUUGUUUCUAAGCCCAAGCGACGAGACACAAGAUGAUAUGAGGCGGUUUGAUUGGACAGACACCAUUCGAGAUAUAUGGAUGUUCUGGAAACAGUGGGUUUUCAUGUCCAUUUUUCUGAUUGUGUACCUGUUUGUAACCUUCCUUGUACAUGACAAAGCCAACGGCUGCCCAAGGGGCUAUCUAGGACCAGGUGGGAUCGGAGACGAUGGAAAAUACCCGAAUUGUACAGGAGGGGCCUCAGGUUACAUCGAUCGUCUGGUCUUUGGGGAUAAUCACAUGUACGGAAAACCAACUUGCAUGAAAAUUUACAAAACCACCCAAUCUUAUGACCCCGAAGGAAUUCUUGGCUGCCUGACGUCAAUAUUCCUCACGUUCCUCGGUCUUCAGUCUGGCAGAAUCCUCUUCACGUUUUUCGCGGCAAAGGAACGCAUCAGUCGAUGGUGUCUCUGGGGAGUGUUUUGGGGUGUUCUAACCUUUGCUCUAACUGGCGGCACGAAGAACGAAGGAGUCAUUCCAAUAAACAAGAAUCUAUGGUCACCGUCAUUCAUUUUUGCUACUGCAUCUAUGGCAUAUUUCCUGCUCGCUUUUAUGUAUUUUCUCAUUGAUGUAAUGCAUUGGUGGUCUGGAGUUCCUUUAGUUUUUGCAGGUACGAAUGCUAUACUGCUGUACUGUGGCCACGAGGUAUUUUACAACUUCUUUCCCUUCAAUUUCACUGCGGAUCCCCCCACCCACACAACCGUCCUUGCUCGGUCUGCUGUGGGAACUACAUCCUGGCUUUUCGUCGCCUACUACUGUUACGUGGAGAAGAUAUUUUUCAAAGUGUAGUUUGUACGGAAAGGAUGUUAAAAACAACACGAUACACGCAUCUGUUUAUGCAGAGAAAGUAUCGUAUGUAUGCAUAAUAGUUAGAAAGAGGUAGCUCGCAGAUAUAUGUUUGUAACCUAAUAUUGAAUCAAAUCGAAAUGUAAUUAUCACGAAAGUAGUAUUAUAAAUCAAGUAGUAUUAGAAACCAAUCAACAUUUGAUCCAUCAUGGCUUCUUUUUUAACGAAUAUCGCCAUCAAUCGAAUUGCUUUUAACUGCAUUAUUAAAUAAUUGGCUUGCUAGCAGUACCUCAUGUAUCGCCCCAGUGCCAGGGGCGGAUCCAGAGCAAAUUUGAAGCAGGGGCAGUAAGUAGUGGAGGCGCUGAAAAUUUUCAGAAAUUGAUGACGAGUGGUGGCUGUAUACAACAAUUUAAAACCCUGACUGCUGACAAAAGGCUCUAUUCGAUUUGUAAGAAAAUUUUCACAAUAAUUGUUGCAUACUUUGAGGUAAUCCUUGAAGUAAAUUGACCUUUAAGUUUCAGAAACCUUUGUCACCUGAUUCUCAUUCUUCAAAAGGGGCGCACAAUUUCCAAAAAAGGGCGCCAGACUUGCUUCAAAUCGGCGAGGAAGGGGCAACUGCCCCUAGUUGCCCCCCUAAAUCUCCCACUGCCCCAGUCCUGUAUUGAAGCAUAAUGAAAGCCGAUGUAUAUACAGCACGCUGAAGAAUUUGUUCUGGGAAACAUGUUUCCCAGAUAAUAGCAAAUAAUUAAUUGUCAAAACUGUUGAUCAAUGGUCUUAGAAACGUUUUAUAGUAGCUAUGUAAUUGCGGAAAUACCAAUUUCAAACAACAUGAAGAACACUUGAGCCUCAAAGACUUCGAUGAAUAAACAUCGUUUGACAAAUUGCUACAAUAUUUGCGUGCAGUUACUAGGAAAAAAGUUGCUUGUUGAUAACACGUUUUCAGAGAUACGCGCAUCGUUUUAAAAGAGCGCGAGCUAAGUUCCAUCAUAGGACUUUGAAGCUUUGAAAAGAUAGAUUAAAGUAUA